AUGCCAGCACCGGCAGACGAGCCCUCGCUCGCAGUCGAGGAUAUCCAGUUCGAGCCGGCGCAACUCGAGGCGUCUGCGGCAGCCGGUCGGGGCGAGAUCUGGCUGCUGUCGUGGUUGAGCAAGUGCGAGAAGGCUAUCAAGGUCCUGCCAGAGGCCACGCUCUUUGCGGAACAGGCGAACCUUACAAAGGCUCUAGUAGCUCUCGUUACGCCACCCAGUCCCACCUCGACCGCACCGACCGUGAAACCAGGACGACCCGCUCGCGCUCUCGUCGCUCGCAUCCUCAUCCUCGUCUUCUCGCGCGGCGACUCAAAGGGAUUGUUUGAUGUCGCACAGUCACUGUUGCGCGGGAUGAACGGGUCGGAGGCGAAGGGUGCGCCCGAGCGGGAAAAGGAGUGGAGGAUCGCGUCGGCGUACGUCCUGGGCGAGCUGUACGCCGUCUUUGGCAGCCAGAUCAUGAGUUUGUACAUCGAACUCAUCCAGGCGACGACGCGCAUCUUCCGCACGACCUCCUCCGCCGUUAUUGUACGCUUCUCCGCCCUCGUCUGCCUGCGCAAGGUCAUCGUCGUCGCGGCCAAGUCGAUGUCGGACCAGACGGUCAAGGACGUGAUGAAGACGCUCAAGGCUGGGUUGAGCGAGAAGGCCGGAGCUAUCGUGCGAGGGAGCGCAGACUGUCUCCUUGCCAUGUCAGCCGCCGUCGGCACCUACUCGACCCUCGCCGACAUCAACGAGGUUCUCCUGCCGUCAUUCCGCGCGCUCGAGUCCGCCGACUUUACCACGCGGCGAUCCCUGUCUCGCCUCAUUGCCGGUAUUCUCGCUGCCACGCAGGUCGAGGGCAGUGCUGCCCCCGCACCCGCGCCGAAGAAGAAGAAGGCGACUGGCAAGGACGAGGAAGAGGAGGAUGACGGCUAUCCCGACAUUGGCGCGCCUUCGACGUCCGACGCAUUGAGCAAGACGCUCCUCUCGCCGAUCGAAAUGCUCGUCCAGCUCUCGGGACCGUACAACCGCUCGACCGCGUCCCGCCGCCUCCGAAACGCCAUCAUCGACGUCUACGCCGAGCUGUUCAAGACGCUAGGGUCCGCAUGGGUCGAGCAUCAUUACGCCGACAUCGCCAAGCAUGCGAUCGACGAGCUCGGGUGCGGCAUGGCGGCGGGGCUCGGAUGGGUCGGAUGGAACGCGCGGGCGGCGGAGCGGAUCGACCUGAACAAGGCGCGGUACGAGGCUGUCGCCGCGCGCAAGGCUGUCGGCAUCCUCCUGGGCGACGUCGUCAGCGCGCAACUGCUGAGCGAGGCGGGGCAGAUCUCGGCGCUCCGCGAGGUCGGCACAUUGUACCUCAAGAAGUGGCCUUCGCUCAUGCCGAACCAGCCGGGUCCGAGCAAGCAGGCGCUCCUGCUUGCGCUCGAAGAGACGACGAGUCUCCUUCGCAGCCUCGGCUGUGCGCCUCCUGCGGUCCAAGACGUCCUCUACGACCCGCUUGUCCGCCUCGUCUCGCACCCGAGCCACAGCGUUCAGAUCACCGCCGCGUGGACCCUCCGAACCUUCUGCAACGCCGCGCCGAACCGACUGUCCGGCACGAUCGUCCAGCUCCUCGAGCUGCUCAACAAGGACCUCUCGAUCAUCUCGUCCGACGGGCCGAACAAGUCUGCGACUGUCCACCGCCGCGCGAUCGGCCAUGCCCACGGCCUCGCCGCCUUGGUCAACCUCAUUCCGCACAAGCCGCUCUACGUCUCCUUCGACCUCUCGGCCAAGUGCAUGUCGCUCGCGAUCCAGCUCCUCAAGCAGUCAGGCAAUCACGAGCUGCACGUCUCCGGCGUCGAGAUCCAGGUUGCGUGGAUCCUCGUCGGCUCACUCAUGUCGCUCGGACCUCAUUUUGUCCGGCUGCACUUGCCGCAGCUCCUCAUCCUGUGGCGGAACGCGCUGCCCAAGGUGACGAGCAAGGACGCGAGCGCGGCACAGGUUCGCGGAGACAACGAGUGGGCGUUCCUCCUCCACAUCCGCGAGUGCACGCUCGGUGCAAUCCUCAGCUUCCUCCGGCACAACGGACCGAGCGCGACAGCACCCGGUCUCGUCAACGAGGACGUCGCCCGUCGCCUCGUCAUGCUCUUGUCGAACGGUCUCGCCUUCUCGACUUCCUUCGCGACCGCCCACCCGAACCUGUCCGCCGAGCAUCAGCCCUCGACCUCCUCGCGUCUCCAGCUCGUCGAUCGCGACAUCAUGUUCCGGCGACGGCUCCUCCAGUGCUUCGUCGCCUUUGGGCAAAGUCCCGCGACGCAGCAGUACCAGAUUCCGCUCCUCCAGCAGGCGGUCCAGCUCAUCUCGGACACCGACCGGUACUUUGGCGAGUCGGUUCUGCAGGCCGUCGCCAACUCGGGGACGUUCACCUCGAUCUGGGACGAGACGGACGGGUACGGAUACGGCGUGACGAAUCUCGUCCGCGACGACCGCAACACCGUUGCAGGGGGAGGGGACCAGCCCGGCGCACCCAACUCGGCCAACAACAAGCUCGCCAAGCUCAACCGGGAUGCGGCGGCGGCGAAGCUCGACGAGCAGCUGCGCAAGGCGGUCCUUGAGGCUGGCGAACACGACCCGCUCGUCCUGUGGUCCCGUCUCGCGACCGAGAAGGCCGCGUUCGAGCCGCUCCCGGAAGCGCCGCCUCCUGCCGUCGGCGUCGUCGACGCAUCGCUCGAGCUCUUCUCGCUCUACUUCACCUUGCAGGAGCCGGCGAACCAGAGCGCCCUCCUCCAGAUUCUCCACAACAACCUUCGUUCGUUCAAGCUCGAGAAGAACCCCGGUCGGAAGCAGGCGAUGCUCGUCAAUUGCGUCACAGCCAUCCUCGGCGCCCUCCGCCUCGCUCGUCGUGCCAUCGACGCCCAUCAAGUCGCUUCGCCGAUGCGCGACCUGAUCAAGGAGGCGCUGCUGCACUCGGACUCUUCGCUGCGUCAGGCGGCAGCCGAGUCGCUUGGGCGCCUCUCGAGUCUCGGGGGCACGUCCUUCAUGGCAGGCCAGAUCCAAUUCUGCGUCCAACAGGUCGUCAGCAACACCGACCCCGACAACCGCGCCGGAUGUGCUCUCGCCUUCAGCGAGAUCUACUCGCACGUUGGCAGUCUCGCGGCGGCGCCGGUACUCAAGACGGUGGUCGACGUCCUCCUGUCGCUGUCGGCCGAUCCUCACCCGCUCGUGCACUACCACGCGCUCCAGUCCCUCUCGAACGUUAUCGACGCCGCUUCACUCUCCUACGCGCCCUUUACCAACAUCACCCUCGGCGUGCUCUGCAAGCUCUACAUGCAGGAUACGCACGAGCCGGAAGGAGGCACGCCUGGAUCCGUCAACCUGCGAGGUGACUUGCCGGCGUAUCAAGCGAUGUGCCGGGUCACGGACGCCCUCAUCGGCGUGCUGGGACCGGAACUGCAGGACUCGGAGCGAGUGCGAGAGCUCGUCCUCAUCCUGCUCAAGGAGUUCACGAUGGAGAAGGACGAUGGCAUCGCGGUCGAGGCGAUCAAGGCGACGCAGCACUUCCUCAUCUUUGCACCCGACGCCCUCGACCACGCCAUGCUCGUCUCGAACCUGCGGUCGCAGCUGUCGUCGACGAAGCAGCCCCUCAAAGUCGCAGCCGUCAACAGCGUCUACCAGCUCGUCCAGCGGGACGCCGCGCUCAUGUCGAAGCUCGGCGGCGACGGUCUCGUUCGCGAGCUGUUCGCCCUCCUCGACGACGACCCGACCGUCGAAGGCGUGCGAGACGCCAUCAUCUCCUGGCUGCGGCAGACUGCCGAUGCGAACCCGUCGGGCUGGAUCGACCUUUGCCAGCGGAUCAUGUCGCGCUCGGCCGACCUGGCGAGCAAGACGGACGACAAGCCGGCGGUCGAGGCUGCGCCCAUUCUUGGCGCUCUCGCGGACGAGGAGGCGCAAGGGCUCGGCGUCGAGGCGGACACGCGUGUGCGACCGGGAGCACCGACGGCUCGCGCGACGUCGCGAUGGCGGACGCAGCUUUUCGCGCUGCAGUGCCUGCACGAGGUGUUUGCGACAGUCAUCAAGAGCGGCCGCCGCGAGCACUUCGACGUCGCUCGCGCCCGCGUCCUCCGGGCGAACAAGCGCGGCCUGCUCAUCACGCGCGUCGCCGACCUCAUCAAGAUGGCCUUCACCGCUUCGACGGCGCAAGUUAUGGAGAUCCGGCUCGAGGGGCUUGUCGUUCUCAAGGAUGUCAUCGAUAACUUUGCCGCCUCGCAAGACGUCGACUUUGACGACGCCCUCCUCCUCGAGCAGUACCAGGCGCCGAUUGCUGCAGCCCUCACUCCCGCCUUCGCGGCCGACUCGUACCCCGAAGUCCUCGCUUCGGCGAUCCAGGUCUGCGCCGUGUUUGUCGGUUCGGGCGUCGUCAAGGAGAUCGAGAAGAUGGGCCGCAUCCUCAAGCUGCUGACGUCCGCGCUCGAGAGUUUCAAGGAAUCGGACAUGACCUCGCUCGGCGACGUCAAAGACCUCAGCACGACUGCCGCCGUGAUGCUCAAGACAUCAAUCUUUGCUGCCUGGGCGCAGUUUCAGACCUCAAGCGUCAACCAGCCGUAUCUCGCAGAGGUCAUCCGCCCGCACCUCCCGCUGCUCUGCCCCUUCUGGGUCGCAUCGUUGCGCGAGUAUGCUCGUGUGCGAACGGAUCCGGUGGCGGCGUCGAGCGAUGCCGGUGCGGGAGGCGCAGCGUUCGACUCGGUUUACUCGGGACUGUCGAGGGAGACGGCUUUGCCAUUCUACGAGAGAUCGUGGCCGCAGAUGCUCCACGCCGUCGCGACACUGCUGAAGGCGUCCAAUCCGCACAUGCUUCGCGCGAUCGACGGACUCGACGACAAAUCGGACACCCUGCCUUCGCCACACCGCAGCGACCCCGCCGUCUUCUUCUGGACCGUCUUCGGACUGUCCUUCGAUGCGCUUUGUACUGCGCCGUCGUCCGCCAACUCGGCGGGGACGACGAUCCAGACUGUCGCCCUCGAUGCCCUCGGAGGUCUCUUUCGUCCCGACGUCGCUGGCACAGCACUCAACGACGAAGGUCUGUUUGACGAGGUCUGCAACCUCUGCCUGAGGCUCGCAUUGACCGAAGCGGCGGAAGUCAAGGCCCGCGUGCUCGACAUCACGGUCGGGCUCGUCCAGCUCUUCGUGCGGGACUUGCCGGCUUCGGGUGCCGUCAACGGCUCGGACCUCAAUGACAAGGCGGCUCGCGGUGACCGUCGCUUGACGCAGUGCUUGCGCAUCGCGGUUGCCGCCUUCCGCGAGUCUGUUCCAGCCACCUCGUCGUCUCUCAAGCCAACCGCAGCGACUGCUGCCUCUCUCGCCGCACACAUCCGACUCGUCUUCUCCCGCUUCGCCGACGUAGCGGACCUCCUGCCCGCUCAGCUUCGCAUCGAGCUCUACGCCAUCGCCUUCCACUUCUACUCGGUCUUGCUCAAGGACGAGAAGAACGAGAUCGACUUUGCGGCACCGACUCUGCCUGUCCUCAAGACGCUCUGCGAUAGAGCGUCCGCGCGCCCAGACGAGUCGCAGACGCUGUCAAAGGUGCUCAACGGCGUGUUGAGCGCUUGCUUGCUCAACAUCGACGCUGUCCGCGUCCGCAAGUCGACUACAGCCAUCCGCAAGCUCCGUAACAACCUCUUGGCGGUCACGCUGCUCCUCACCACCCUGCCACACACCUUCCAGGUCGGCAGCGAGGUCGUCGAGCACGCUUGCUUCCUCGUCUCCGAGAUUGCCCUCGACACUGCAAGCGAGUCUUCGGGCGUCGCCCUCAACUGCGUCGCUUCGCUCCUCCUUGCCGCAUCUCGCACGCCGCAGUCCGGCAUACUCGCCGUCUGCGCCAGCCACUUCGUUCCUGCUGUCGUCGAGCUCGUCGCAUUGUCGAGUCGCCAGGGCUCUGGAGCAGACGACGCGAGGAUCAAGGCGGUCGACGAGGUGCUCAAGGCGUUUGUGGCGGUCUUGGCGUCUGUCGCGCCCGAGCGGAGAACACAAUCGCUCUCGGUCAUUCUGCCGUCGCUCGUCCUCCUCCUCUCGAGUUCCCGACCUCCCCCUCCGAUGCACACCGUCGCGCUCAACCACCUCCUCGCGCUCGCCACAUCGCUCUCGCUGCACUUCAAGGAGGCUACCGCGGCGUUGCCUGAAGACGAGCGCAAGUUGCUCGAGGACAGUAUCCGUGCUGCCGUUGGAGGGAAGGGUCGAGGAGGACCCGCUGUCGCCAAGGGGCAGGAAGAGGCGCCGCGGAUCGAGCUGCGGAUGUUUGGAUAG